AUGUCCGUCGAUCCCGCCCAGGCCGUGACCCUUGAGAUCCGCGGAAAGAUCGCCAUCAUCACCCUCAACCAGGAGAAGAAGCUUAAUGCUCUGUCCCAGGACCUAUACUAUCGCAUCGCCCAGCUACUCAACCAGAUCGCCAAGCGCGAUGACAUCUACAUCACCCUCCUCACCGCCAAAGGCCGUUUCUUCUCCGCCGGCGCCGAUGUCUCCAUUUCACGCUCCACUCCGGAAGCCGAGAACGAUGUUGUUCGUCACUGGCUGAAGAACUUUGUCGCCAACAACCUCUUCGUUACGCGCGCCUUCUACACACAUCCUAAAAUCCUCAUCACCGGCCUCAACGGCCCCGCCGUCGGCCUCUCCGCCGCCCUCAUUGCCUUCUCCGACUUCAUCUACGCCGCGCCUUCUGCCUACAUCCUCACUCCGUUCUCUUCGCUCGGCCUUGUCACCGAGGGCGGCGCCUCCCGGGCCUUCGUCCAGCGUCUGGGCGUUUCCAAGGCCAACGAGGCGCUCAUCAUGAGCAAGAAGAUCUCCGCCGAGGAACUGGAACGGACCGGUUUCGUAAACAAGCUCAUCGAUACGAAGGGCGACAGCGACAAGUUCAGGGACGCGGUGCUGGCGGAGAUCGAUGAUCGGCUGGGCAGUCACUUGAAUCAGGACAGCCUGCUGGGGAUCAAGGCCUUGAUCCGGAAGCCGGAGAGGGACGUCUUCGACAAGCAGAACGUAGAGGAGGUGUUCGGCGGACUGGAGAGAUUCGCGGCAGGAAUACCGCAAGAGGAGUUCAGGAAGCUGGCGAGUGGAGAGAAGAAGCACAAGCUGUAA